GUUGAAUAUCAAACAGCUAGGAUUUAUCAUAGCAGAUGUGUUGUUAAACACGGUGUACUAUCUUUGAGAGGACACAUUUUUUACAACUUUGUCGACUUUGCGAUAACCGUACGCAUGGACGUCACCACUCAAUUAUAGACCUGGAAUCUGCUACCGACGCUCAGUGGCCCAUUUGUCUCCAAAUCUGGCAAACAUUGAAAAUACGAGCGCCCAACUGGCAGCGGCCAAGAUGGUGGACCAAAGGGCGUCCUGCGUGGGCAUCGAGGGCGCGGGAAGGACGGGGAAGAAACCGCCGCCCUUGCUCAGGUCGAGGACACUGCCUGCCAUCAUAGUGCCAGGAGUGAGCAUCCUGCAGGCGCAGCUUGGUGCAGGGAGCUGUCUUGAUGCCGAUAUCCCAGUGACACCUCCAAGCGCUCGAGCCACCAUAUCGUCCAGAUUUACGUCCGCCAGAGUUUCCUUCAGCAGGGACGACACGGCCGCUCUGGAUAUGCGCCGGAAAUCGGCCAUCAGCAAAUUGUGCGGGGCCGGAAACUACGGCCCUGAGCGGGGAGCUGACGGCACCUUGCUUCUCAGGUUGGUAUUUAGUUGGAUCAAACGUUUGCCAUAA